AUGCACCUCAUAGUCAAAGCAGAAGAGCACAAUCGAACGAUCAUCACAGAAUUCAUCCUCCUGGGAUUCGGGAAUCUCCCUGAACUGCAGCUGCUUCUCUUCCUGGUUUUCCUGGUGAUCUACAUUGUGACCAUAUCUGGGAACAUUCUCAUUGUUGUGCUAGUUGUGGCUGAUCAGCACCUUCACACCCCCAUGUACUUCUUCCUGGGGAACUUGUCUUGCUUGGAGACCUGCUACACCUCCACCGUCCUGCCCAGGUUACUGACCAGUCUCCUGAAUGGCGACAGAACCAUUUCUGUCAGUGGCUGUUUUGCACAGUUUUAUUGCUUUGUUUCUCUGGCAGCUACAGAAUGUUAUCUCCUAGCAGCAAUGUCUUGGAUAAGCGGGUUUCUAAUUUGUGUAAUAAUGAUGUGUUUUAUGUCACAAUUAACAUUCUGUGGCCCCAAUGAAAUUGACCAUUUCUUUUGUGAUUAUUCUCCAAUGCUACAGCUCUCCUGCAGUGACACCAGCAUGAUCACACUGGUUAGUUUCAUACUCGCCUUCCUAGACUCGCCUUGCCCAUUUCUAUUAACUGUGACGUCCUAUGUUUGUAUCAUUGCUACUAUCCUCAGAAUCCCUUCCACCACCGGGAGGCAAAAGGCGUUUUCCACCUGCUCCUCUCACCUCAUUGUGGUUACAGUUUUCUAUGGGACCAUAAUAACUGUGUAUCUGCUACCAAAAACCAAUACACUGAAAACCUUGAACAAAGUGUUCUCUGUCUUCUACACAGUCCUGACUCCCAUGCUCAACCCCCUCAUCUACAGCCUGCGAAACAAAGAGGUGAAGGAGGCCCUGAGAAAAGUCAUCCGUUAA